AUGGUCAAGGAGGAUCGGGAAGAGAGGAGUCUCAAGGCACGCGUCAGGAGGUCAAAAGCCAAUUUUCGUGAGAGAAAUCGCAUGUUCAGCCUCAAUCGCGCUCUCGACAAUCUACGCACAAAAGUACCCUUGAAUCCCACUCUGGCCACUGUGGAACUCGACCAGAAUCACAAUCAGAAACUGUCCAAGAUCGAAACACUUCGGCUGGCGUACAACUACAUCAGCGCCUUGGGACAGAGUCUGGCGUGGGGCCGAAAGCUUCACUAUGAGGAAUUGAUUUACAUUCUGUCCAGAGGAUUGAGUCAAACCACAGUGAAUCUCUUGCGAGCUCGCCUACGCUUUGACUUGGAAUACCAUUUGGCUCAGUGUCUCAUUGAAGACUCUGCAGAUGAGAAUUCCAUGAGAUUCUGGUGCUCCUGCCACUCCUGUGACACCUUCUCGGGCACCUCCAGUGACUCCAGAACGGAUUGGAUGGACUUCGAUGCCUUCGAGUUUCCCCUCUAA